AUGCAGGGCCUGGCGCGGGCGCUGAGGCGGGCGGCGGGGCCCGGGGGGCUCCCGGCGGGGCCCGGGGGGCUCCCGGCGCCGCGGGGACGGGCCGGAGCGCGGCCCUGGGGCUGGGGGCUGGCGCUGGGGCUGGCGCUGGGAGUGAGGGUGCCGGCGGGCUGCGAGGCUGACGGCGGGGAGGAGGCGGCGGGGAAAGCGCUGCCGCCCCCUCGGGGCUUCGGCGCGGCCAUCGAGAGGAGCAGGGACCUGCUGCGGAGGAUUAAGGAUGAAGCAGGAAUCCCAGGUAUACUAGUUGGAGUUUCUGUCGAUGGAAAGGAAGUCUGGUCAGAAGGUUUGGGUUAUGCUGAUGUGGAGAAUCGUGUGAUGUGUAAGCCAGAGACAAUCAUGCGAAUUGCCAGCAUUAGCAAGUGUCUUACAAUGAUGGCUGUUGCUAAACUGUGGGAAGAGGGCAAACUGGAUUUAGAUGCUCCAGUGCAGAAAUAUGUCCCUGAAUUUCCAGAAAAAGUCUACGAGGGUGAAAAGGUUGCUAUUACUACAAGGCUGUUAGUUUCACACUUGAGUGGGAUUCGUCACUAUGAAAAAGAUAUUGCAAAAGUAAGGGAAGAAAAGGAAAAGGCAAACAGAUCAUUUAAACGAGCUAAACCCUAUCAGGAUAAGGAACAAAAAGAAGGCCAAGAGACUGUAAAAACUGACAGUGACAAGCCAAGGAAAGAACAUGAAGGCGAGGCAAAAAGCUUAAGUUCAAAACCUGGCAGGAGAGACAAGGAAUUUGAGCAAGAAGAGUAUUAUUUGAAGGAAAAAUUUGGAAGUGUGAUUGAAUCACUGAAGAUAUUUAAAAAUGAUCCUUUAUUCUUUAAACCAGGUAGUCAGUUCUUGUAUUCGACUUAUGGCUUUACUCUCUUAAGUGCUGUUGUGGAGAGAGUUUCAGGACAAAAAUUUACAGAUUAUAUGCUAAAAAUGUUUCGUGAUUUGGAUAUGCUGUCAACUGUACUAGAUGACAAUGAAGCAAUGAUAUAUAACAGAGCAAGGUGUUAUGUUUACAACAAAAAGGGACGGCUGGUAAAUGCACCGUAUGUGGACAACUCUUACAAAUGGGCUGGUGGUGGCUUUCUGUCGUCAGUAGGUGACCUUCUUAAAUUUGGAAAUGCCUUGUUAUACAGCUACCAAGUUGGACAGUUCAAAGACACUAACAGCAAACUCCUUCCUGGGUACCUCAAACCAGGCACAGUCGCAAUGAUGUGGACCCCGGUGCCAAAAACAGAAGUGUCGUGGGAUAGGGAUGGUAAAUAUGCAAUGGCUUGGGCUGUAGUAGAGAAAAAACAGCAAUGUGGCUGUUGCAGGAAGCAGAGACACUAUGCAUCUCACACGGGUGGUGCCGUGGGGGCAAGUAGUGUCCUCCUCAUUCUUCCUGAAGAGCUGGACUCCGAAGCUAUAGAUACCGGGCUAGUGGCACCACCUAGAGGAGUCAUUGUUAGUAUUAUCUGUAAUAUGCAAUCUGUUUCACUCAACAGCACUGCCUUAAAGAUUGCAAGGGAAUUUGAUAAACAGAAGUGGGCACAAUAUAUAGAUUAAAAAAAGAUGACACAAGUAACUGAACUCGCUGUACUGAAACACAACAAAUAAACGGAGAAGGGGGUAACUGGGCUUCGAGAUCACUAAGAAUAUGUGAGGAAAAAGCAUAAAAAAUUCAUUUAAUUAACUUCUGUGAGUGGUGCUAAAUUUAUGUGUAACUGAAAUUAAUCUCUCAGGGAAGCUCCUAACUUAAAGAAAAGGAAAAUAUAAGUAGAGAUUUACUUCUUAUAGUACCUGUAUAAGUUAGCAUUAUAUUAGCAGGUGUUUUCCUCAUCUAGUCAAGCACUUGACCAAGAUUUAAAAAACUAGCAUUGGUUUAUUGCACUGAGAAAUACAGCAACAAAUUACCUACCUUAAAUGUUAAACCUUUGAAAAAUUUCACAUCUUUAUUUGAGCAUGUGAAGAUAUGUAGUAUGUUAUUUUCACAGUUCCAGUUGGCCAAAACAGUUCAGUAUUUAAAGAAAAAUGGUUUUACUUGUGUUUUUUUAUAUUUUCACACAGCGCUUUUCUUACUUGCUGAGAAAGCAAAAAAAACCCCAACAAAACGCAAAUCUUGAAGCUACCUCCAGAAUGUAGAUUAUGCCAGAAGUAAGCUUUUGUCAGAGCUGUGGAUUGUUAACAAUUAAAAAAGAAUGAAGCUUAGAGUAAUGUAAGUGAAAAUCUCUUGUUAUUUAGAUGUCCUCCCUUCCGUUUUUCUUGGACACAGUGAAUGUGUGAGACUAGUUUACUGUGAAAUAAGGGUAUUAUCCACAUUUGUGCCCCAAUAGCACAACAUGGUGAGCUGUCAAACUGUCUCGUUGUUUUUGACUGAUACCCAUGCCAACUUUCCAAACCAGAAAUUGCACUUUAUCAUGUAAUGUAGAGAUGUCUUUAGAUACAGGAACAAGAAGUUGUGAUAGAGUUCCAAAGAAAGUUCACUAUAGAAAUACCAUAACAUAGGAAUAUGUUUAGUUUUAUAUAUUCCAUAGUGGUAUGGAAGAUAUCCAUGAUCUCCAAAAUGUACCGCCACCCCAGUUCCCUUGCAGUUACAUCAGACAGUAUUUCCAGGCUGAGACAAAACAAAAUAUCCUUCAGGAAAGGUUUGAAUACUUCCACAUCCCUGCACUGUUUAGCAGCUCUGCUUCUCUGAAGUUAAGGAGCAAGAUGUCUUGGAGAACAGCUAGCAGAAGAUUGCUUUACCUGCCUCUUUCCCAAGUUAGUGCUUUUAGUGUUAAUAGUUAUUUGCCUGGUCAAACAACAUACUGUCAUCUCUGUUCCCAGUAUGCCUGUGAUAACAUUUAUUACCUAAGGCUGACAAACCAAGAAAUUUAACAUUUUGAGGUAUCAGUGUUGUUACCUACAUUUUUAAUUGGAUGUAGUAGGACUGGUUUAGUACUCUUCAUAAUUAUAGUCAUUCGUGUGCCUUAAACCAGUAAAAGCUUACACCUCAACUAUUUGCUUGGGUUUUCUGGCCCACUCACUGAAACUUCACUUUUUUAUUAAUUAAUAACGGGUUGUCUUUAUCUCCAGGUUAUCAAAUCUGUAGAGACAACAGAGAGACCCUUUCUGAACAAACCAAUUUGGUCAGGCAAUAAAUUAUCUACUCUUCCACUCAAGUCUCUGAUACUGUCCCAACAGUUCCAACACAGAAGUACUGGAGCUGAUAAUCUUCUUCAACAGCAACUCUUUUUUUUUUUUCCAGUCUUGAGCACCAACUAGCUGGGUAAACAUGCAGCAGCAGAAGUAAUUGCCCAUUUUACACAGGGAAAAAGAGUAAGUUAGUUCUGACUUGUUUUUAUGUUGGAGAAUAUAUGAGUAGAAAUAGACCAAAUGCAAUGUGUUAAAUGCAGAAAAUCUGAAAAGCAACAGUUAUUUUAGGAUUUAGAACAUGUUUUCUUGUAUGAUGGUUUUGCAAAUGGCAUUUCUUGUUCUUGAAAACCAUUCUGCAUCCUUGAGAGAAAACAAGUUUCACUCCCUGACUGCUGUUUGGGUUUAGACAAAAUUAUGAAUGUAGGUGUAGGUUCACCUGCCUGCAUAUGACAUAUAUGUCUGCAUAUGACCAAACAUUAAUAAAUUAAAUAUUUGAAGCAUAUCUGAAAAUGAAUAAUGGUCAGAAGUGUCUAAGGCAUUUCUAACACCAAGAAAUUAAUGACAGUGUCUCACUCCCCUAACAGAACACAUUUAGCACCAAUUUAUUACAUGCAUACCUUGUGUUCUUUAUAAUGGGUCUCCUGUAACUUAAUGCUUUUAAAAACAGCCUCUGCAGUCACAUGUAUAGUAUUGGAGAUACUAUGAUGUCUAAAUUUCAUCUUCCAGUACCUGGAACAAAAUGGGUCACUGACUUUUUCUGAUUUGGUACUUACUUAAUCAUGAGUUCUGAUCUUUUAGGGUGGAGGAAGAGAAGGCAGAGAUACAGGAGACUAGGAAUCAGUCUGGCCUUAGCACAGGGAUUUGAGGUUACAAGUGCUACUUUGAUCUAUGUUCUGAAACCAGUUAUUUGGUGGAGUGGCAUGAAGUGUGGGAAACUGAUCAGUUAAGGGCAGCUUUCAUAAUAAACUUGCUCUUGCUCUUAGAUUGACCUUUAUUGUGAAAACACAGUAUGGGACUAACAUAAACUGUACUUUUCUUAAAAGGCAUGUAUACUAAAUUGGUGCAUCUAUUUCUGUACCAAACACCUACUUUUUGCAUCUGGUAAUUAUAAGAAUUCACUGCUUGAAUUAACUGAAAUAAAACUUAUCUUGUAAAUGUAACAAACUAUAA